AUGUCAGCAUCAAAAUUGUCAUUAGAGAUCAUUCUUUUGGUAGGAAGUUUUCUUUCUAAAGAAGACAGAUUAGCAUGCACCACCGUUUGCAAAUCAUGGGCCGAAGGUUUUACAAAGAGUCUCUGGAGCGUCAUUCUGCCUACAACUGAUGAAGCGUUUAAAAGCCUAUGCAACGUACUCAGCAGCAAAGAAGGGCAGAACAAGGAUUAUAGUUACGUAAAGGAGCUGGUAUUUCCAGCUGACCUCAAGCCUACUAUAAAGGAAGUUGAAUUACUUCAAAAACAUUUCAAGAACCUACAAACCAUCAUAUUGGGGUGCGACUUUGAGGGUGACAAUUGCUUUAACAAAAGAAUUGACUGGAAACCGUGGAGCAAAAUCAAGUCCUUGACUAUCAACGAACGCUACAGAGAGUCAUCAGAGAAAAUGUCAGACCUUCUGGACGUUUUGUCUUUAAUGACUGAUUUGGAAGACUUUAAUCUCUUGCGUCCGGAUAUGUACCCCGUAAGCUUGCAAGACGUCGAUGCAAUCCCCGACCGGUUACCCAAUCUCAAGACCAUAAUGCUUUCCUGUAAUUUAGCCCAGCUCCAUGCAAAAGAUAUCCCAUAUCUAGAAAAAGUUCAGCGAGGCAGAGAAGUCAUAGAGAUCUGUGUCUGUGUCACAUUGAUCGAUUUCCGGUGGAUGUACUAUUUCUUACGCAAAUACAAAAAAUUUGGAGACUUUAAUAUCUCAUUCCCGGAUGAUAUUAAGAGGAAGAGGCUUCAUAACGAUGAAAUUAUUCACAUGAUCAAGGAUGCCAAAGAUGAGGUUUCCAAGGAUACAACAUACUUGGUUGUUUAUGAAAGAACUGAUGGUCCAAGACUCAACAAGCUACUGAUGGAAUCUCUCCGGAAAGCUGGCGUAACCUAUUCACACAUUGCAUAUGUUACACCUAAUGAAGUCGCGACCUAUACAAACGGGCUUCAAUUGAGUGACUUUUUCAAAAACGUUCCUAAAGACAUCAAGGAAAUACGCGUGGGCUUGACAGAAAUGGAGAAUUUUGUUCUGUUUUCAGAAGAGAUGUGUGUAUUUCCUUUACUGGAAAGCUUGGAGAUCGGGACUGCUGUAUGCGAAUGCCCAGACCAGCUUCUUAGAACUUGCCCGAAACUGAAGGAAUUGGACAUAAUCCUCCCAUCUGGGUGCACGAUAGACCUCGGGCUGAGCAGAUCCCAGUUUCCGUUGGAGUCAUUAACCGUAAACGCUGAAUUUAUUAGUGCCGAAAAUUUGGAUUUCUUCAACAAGAGAUGUGGGAAACUCACCAAAUUGGAUCUUAGCGGGGUAGAUCUUGUACCAUAUCCACUUUCAGACGAUGGAUCAAGCGUAGUCAACAUUUCCAGACUGCACCUCAAGAGCUUAGACCUUAGUGUUAAAGAGAUUUUUUUGCCUUUGAGUUCGAUCAAGACUUACGAAGAAAAUUGCGUUAAGCUCCAUCUUAUCUGUGUUGUCAGUAUGAACGGUUACAAGGCGGGUCCAGUGAAAAGGAAUGGAAAAUCAGAAAGCGUCCUUUCAAACGAUGUAGUGACAAGAAAGUGGUACCAUAUGUACCACAGCGACAGACAGCCAGACUCUAUGUUUUAUUAUGCCACCUACAAUAUGCGAAAACUGAAGGAAGAUGAAGUAGAAUUUGUUGAGAACUAUUACCGUAAUUUCUCCAAAGAAGACAUUGAACUUGAGGGAGCAGGAGACGCGGCUACUCUUACCGAAGAUGAAUAUUUUGAAAAAGAGAAUUGGAAAGACUCUCUGGAACGAGGUUUCCUUGAAUUCCGGUGCGCCUCAGUGGAUAAAUUUGUAAGUCCUUACAUGACCUAUUGA